AUGCGUGGAAGACGAAUCGUGGGAUACAUUUUUUUCACCCUAGCGGUGUUUUUCGCAUUUGGAUAUCUUACAACAACAACUACGGAAAUCGCAAGCUAUAUUUUCAAAGAUGAUAGCUCUUUUUUCAAGCAGAUAGCUUUUCCAAAGCUGUUGAAGAAGGAGCAAAUUACUUUAAACAACUAUGACAAGCACAUUAGAAGAAUAGACCUCGAAAACGCAACGGCAGUUUUUAACGAGGUGAAUAAUGCAGCGAGGCAGAAGAAUGCUGACUUGAACCCAAUUGGUGUGAGUUUUAUUCCGCAUACAUUCCAGUAG